AUGCCUGCACAGAAGAUUGAAACAGGUCAUACUGACAUAGUACAUGACGUAUCCAUGGAUUACUAUGGAAAACGUGUGGCAACAGCUUCGUCUGAUGCAAUGGUCAAAAUAACUCGUGUGAGCAACAAUUCUACUACGCAGCAUCUUGCUACUCUGAGUGGUCAUCGUGGUCCAGUUUGGCAGGUUGCUUGGGCACACCCCAAAUUUGGUUCACUCCUUGCUUCCUGUUCCUAUGAUGGUAAAGUCAUAAUCUGGAAGGAAGGCAACCAAAAUGAAUGGACACAAUAUCGUGUUUUCAGUGAGCAUAAAUCAUCGGUCAAUUCUAUUUCUUGGGCUCCCCAUGAACUUGGGCUGUGCUUGGCCUGUGGAUCUUCUGAUGGAUGUAUCUCUGUUUAUAGUGCCAGGUCGGAUGGUAGUUGGGACACCAAAAGAAUCGAUCAGGCACACCCUGUUGGAGUAACUGCAGUGUCAUGGGCUCCUCCAAUGGUUCCUGGUGCUAUAGUUGGCUCUGGUUUACUUUCCUAUACCUCUGAUCCGAUCUGCCAUUCAGAUCACAUUCUCCCUAACCGGUAA